CAAAUCAUAAUGUAUUUUCCAAACCAAACCACAUUUAGAGAGACAGAUAUUUCAAGUCUUGAAUCAAAGAGUAGUAGUCCUCCAAACCAAAACCCUUCUUUCUUCUUUCUGUCUUUGUUGUUGUUCUUCUUCCAUGUCUGAUCAGGAACCGAAAGACCUUUACUACCAUGACCUAUUUCAGUAUGAAGAUCAUGAUGGUGGGAUGGUCAGCAUCAACAACCAGCCAAAUUUGCAAGGGUUUGAUGUGAAUCCUUCAUACAUGAACUUAACAGAGUGUUUGAAAGGAUCUAUGGACUAUAAUUCACUUGCAACGGCUUUUGGCUUGUCAUCUUCGACCUCUGAAGCACUAUUUUCGUCUAUUGAAGGCGAUCAAAAGCCUGCUAAUCAUCUUGGAUAUUCAGGUGGUGGCGGAGGCGGUGAUGUGGAAACUCCUUUGACGCCAAACUCUUCCAUGUCGUCUUCUUCAGCUGAGGCUGGUGCUGAUGAGGACUGUGGUAAGAAUAAGAAAGAUAGGCAGCCAAAAGGGUCAUCAGAAGAUGGAGGAGAUAGCUCUAAGAAAGUGAGCAAACUAGCAAAGAAGAAGGGAGAGAAAAAGCAAAGAGAGCCACGAUUUGCCUUCAUGACCAAGAGUGAGGUUGAUCAUCUAGAAGAUGGAUACAGAUGGAGAAAAUAUGGGCAGAAAGCUGUGAAAAAUAGCCCAUAUCCAAGAAGCUACUACCGGUGUACGACACAAAAAUGCGGGGUCAAGAAACGCGUAGAGAGGUCGUACGAGGACCCAUCCACUGUGAUUACGACAUACGAAGGUCAGCACAACCACCCACUUCCAGCAACCCUUAGAGGAAAUGCGGCUGCAGCAUUGUUCCCACCUUCUAUGCUAAACCUAGCACCCGCCACGCGUACAUUCUCAACCUUGGCUGGUGGUGGCCCGAGCUCUGCCUUUUCUCAGGAAUUCUUGUUUCAAAUGCCCCAAUACAUGAUCAGUAACAAUGCUAAUCAGGGAUCGUCACGAAACCCUAAUUAUCAUCUGCAGCAGUAUCAACUGCCUCAUGGAGCUGCUGAUCAGUAUGGACUUUUGCAGGACUUGGUUCCUUCCAUGUUCCUCAAACAAGAGCCUUGAUGAUCUCCCUCGCGAUCGAUCUCUAGCUCGUUAAUUUGUAGAUACGAUUAAUUAUUUUAUAUAGUAGCUAGUCUCAUGAUCUUGAUUGAUCAUCCUUGACAUAUAUUUUUAAUUAGUGAGCUAGCUAGGUUGCAUAUCUACGUACCCUUCACUUCUAAUCAUUUUAAUUCCACUCAUAUUUGUGAGGCAGGAACUGCUGAUAGCUUUGGCAAUAGAGCACUUAUUAUCGGCAAAGAGAGUUUGACUCUUUCUCUAAUCUCGCAGUGUAAGCUUUUAGGUCUUCCAUUUUGGAGGUAAUUUGCUAGCUCGAACUGCUACCAUAUAUAGGAAAUCAAAUGGAUUUGUAAGAUGAUGAGUUUAUUUAUGUAUAGUGGUUCGCGAGAACGUUGUGCAUGUGAAUUGAGGAUUGCAUGCCUCAUGUUUAAUUGCUUGUAUUAUACAAGUGGUGCAACAGGUUUUUCUUAUUUACGGAUUAAUGUAACGCAAGAUCCUUGCCGUGACAGCCUUGCUUUCAUGCAGCAGUGUUGGAUUUUUACUUGUUUAAUAUAUAAUAAUUUUCUUCUA